AUGGCUGCAACACAACCCCCGCCAACUCUCUUCGAGGAGAGUAAAGUCUCACAAGCCCCCGAAGAUCCUCUGUUCGGCCUCAUGGCUGCCUACCGCAAGGACGAGUCGGACAAGAAGGUCGACCUGGGUAUUGGUGCAUACCGCGACAAUGAUGCGAAGCCAUGGCUCCUACCUGUAGUCAAGAAGGCUAACGAGGUCUACAACUCACAACUCGAGAGCGGCGAGAUCAAUAACGAGUACCUGCCCAUCGCCGGCCUUGCAGAGUUCACGACUGGCGCGCAGAAGUUGAUCCUGGGUCCUGAGUCGCCUGCUAUCAAAGAAGGUCGAGUCUGCUCCCUCCAAACCGUGUCCGGCACCGGCGCAGUCCACCUAGGCGGACUCUUUCUCGCCAAAUUCCUCAAGCCCCUCCCUGACCUCUACCUCUCGACCCCAACCUGGGCCAACCACAAGCAGAUCUUCAGCAAUGUCGGCAUCAACACCGUCGACUACCCCUACUGGUCCGCCAGCACCAAAGGCCUCGACUUCGACGGCAUGCUCUCCUCCCUCAAAUCCGCCCCCGAACGCUCCAUCAUCCUCCUCCACGCCUGCGCUCACAACCCCACUGGUGUCGACCCCACAGAAGAGCAGUGGAAGCAGAUCUGCACGGUCAUGAAAGAGAAGAAACUGUUCCCCUUCUUCGACUGCGCAUACCAGGGCUUCGCUUCAGGCUCGCUCUCGACCGACAACUUCCCCAUCCGCCACUUCCUAUCCGAGGGCUUCGAGAUGGUGAUCGCGCAAUCCUUCGCUAAGAACUUCGGUCUCUACGGCCAGCGCGCCGGCGCGUUCCACUUCGUCGCUGGGCCCGUCUCGGACGCGAAGGAUAUCGUCAAGCGCGUCGCCUCCCAACUCGCCAUCCUCCAGCGCUCAGAGAUCUCAAACCCACCUAUCUACGGCGCGCGCAUUGCGAGUAUCGUCCUCAACGAUGAGACACUGUUCAAGGAGUGGGAAGAGGAUCUACGCACCAUGUCCGGUCGGAUCAUCGAUAUGCGGAAGGCGCUGAAGGGUCAUCUCGAUAAGCUGGGUACGCCGGGCAAGUGGGAGCACAUCACGAGUCAGAUUGGCAUGUUCUCAUUUACCGGUUUGAGUGAGAAGCAGGUCAUGGAGUUGCGGAGUAAGUGGCAUGUGUAUUUGACCAAGAAUGGACGGAUUAGUAUGGCUGGGUUGAAUACGGGGAAUGUCGAAUAUUUCGCGAAGGCCGUGGAUGAUGUGGUGAGGAACGUGAAGUGA